AUCUGUUGUCAGCUGACUGGCACCGCCUCUGCCCGCCGUCACAACAGAGAGCUGCCUGCCUGACAGCUAGCUAGCAGCCGAGGUUCUGCUGUCGGACCGCCGUGUGUUAUGUUUCUCGGAGCCAGGACCGUAGUCGGAGGUUUGUGCACCACCAGCUCAUGGCGGCUGAAAUUCAGCCUCAACCUCAGGCUCGGAAGCCUUGCCUCCUGAGCAAAAUCGAUGCUUUCCAGGAGGUGGUGAGCACAGCGGUGAUAAUUCCCAAAGAAGACGGCGUUAUCAGCGUGUCUGAAGACAGGACUAUUCGGGUAUGGUUGAAGAGAGACAGUGGUCAGUACUGGCCCAGCAUCUACCACACAAUGCCAUCAUCAAGCUCCUGUAUGUCCUUUAACCCUGAGACCAGGAGGCUAUCUGUGGGGAUGGACACUGGGAGUAUCUGUGAGUUUGUUCUGUCAGAAGACUACAACAAGAUGACCCCAGCACGCACCUACCAGGCUCAUCAGGGCAGGGUGACAGUGGUGCUGUUUGUGCUGGAGAUGGAGUGGCUGCUGAGCACGGGGCAGGACAAAAACUUCACCUGGCACUGCUCAGAGAGCGGCCAGCAGCUGGGGACAUAUCGCACCGCAGCCUGGGUCUCAGGACUACAGUUCGACGUGGAGACCAGACACGCCUUCGUAGGGGAUCAGUCUGGUCAGGUGACCAUCCUGAAGCUGGAGCAGGACAGCUGCAGCCUGGUCACUACCUUCAAAGGACAUACUGGUAAUGUGACGGCGCUGUGUUGGGACCCGGUCACAAGGGUGUUGUUCUCCGGAAGCUCGGACCACUCCAUCAUCAUGUGGGACAUCGGUGGACGCAAAGGCACCGCUAUCGAACUGCAAGGACACAAUGACAAAGUUCAGGGCCUGUGUUACGCCUCACACACCCGGCAGCUCAUCUCCUGCAGCUCAGAUGGAAGCAUCGUCAUCUGGAACAUGGAUGUAACACGGCAAGAGACCCCAGAAUGGCUGGACAGCGACUCCUGUCAGAAGUGUGAGCAGCCUUUCUUCUGGAACUUCAAACAGAUGUGGGACAGUAAGAAGAUCGGCCUACGGCAGCACCACUGCAGGAAGUGCGGCCAGGCAGUGUGCGGCAAAUGUUCGUCCAAACGCUCCACCAUCCCCCUCAUGGGAUUCGAGUUCGAGGUGCGCGUGUGUGACAGCUGCCAUGAGUCCAUCAGUGACGAGGAUCGAGCACCCACAGCCACCUUCCACGACAGCAAGCACAGCAUUGUUUACAUGCACUACGAGCCCACCACUGGAAAUCUGCUCACCUCUGGCACUGACAAGGUUAUCAAGCUAUGGGACAUGACUCCUGUGGUGUCCUGAGAUCUGUGGAUAACAAGCAGUCAGCAGAAAUCUCUGUUUGACAAACUGUCGAGGUGCCAGUACCACUGGGAAGAGAAACAGGGUGAGAGCUCCAGCAGGAUCGAUGUCAUCUGGAUAAUAUUUAGCAGUUUUUUAACAUGUAGCGGUGGCUGUUGAACAUUUACAGCGAGCACACUGCAGGCCAGUGAAGCCUGAGAACCAUACAGGCUUUGUUUGACACAAGGUUACAGAGAGUUGCUGGUGGAUUGCGGGUCUCUCUCUGCAUAUGUGUGUCUGUACAGUGUGCGAAAGGUUGAGGCAUUUCCCUUUGUAAGUUAUCGACACACCUCAUUUACUUAAUUUCCAUGCAUUCCUUUCCAGUUUCAAACUGGAAAUUCAUGAAACAGUCUUAUGAAACCGGCUUGCACUGCGGGAACUUGUCAAACCCAGACUUUACUUUCUGUAGAUGUGAAACACCUUGUUAAACAGACUGGCAAAAUCAAACGUGCAUUCCUACUGAACUGGCUGCAGAUCCUUAACAAAACAGGAGCUUAUCAUUUUCAUUUGCACCAGCAGCUGUUCAGACCUGCACGUGUUGUUUUUUACCUUCUGCAGACAGAGAAUUUAAAAGUGACGCUCCAUUUAACAUUAGGUACCUGCCACCUGUUAUAGUGACAACCUAAACUGUCACACUGACCUGUUUAACACCAAAUGUCUUCUUUUUGGCAUAACAUACUGACAUGACCCUCAGACCCUAGACUUUGUUGUCUGUAUAUACAGACUGAUAAUACAAAAAAUGUUUGUAGUUGAAAUAGCAGCAAAGCGUGAGCCUCCAAACUGCCCAGUUCUCUCACAAACGUACUUUCUUUUAUCUUUUUUUUAGGUUUUCCCCAACUAUUUCAUUUAUUUUAUUGUUUUAGUAUAAUUAUCAAUGCAGAAUGGCACUCACAUGUGUCCUAAGAGCAGAAAAUACAAUAUGUUCAUAGUGAGCACUGAACAUUUGGGUAUUUUACAGGUUUAAAUGUCAAAAAUAGAACCUAAAAUAAAAAUAGCCUCAAGCAGUAAAAAUAAAUAAAACAGGUGUCACUUGUGUAGAAGAUGUUCUAGUUCUUGCCUGUAAAUGCUGCUCGUGAGCAUGUCAUUAAUGUCUGCAGGUGUGCUGUUUCUCAGGUGCUUCACAUCACUCACACUGUGUGCGCUUGUUAUACAAAUCAUGGUUUUUUUGUUUUUUUUCUUGUCUGGUUUGACCUGACAGUAUCAUCUGAGGGAGACUUUCUCUUAGGCUGCAACACCUGAUAUCAAGCACUAGAGGGAAGAAGUAGCAUAAAACGCAGCUUUAGUUCAGAUUUAUGCUAAAACGCUUGUGGAUGGAAACAACUUUAAAAAACCCUGCAUAAACUACAUUACCUACAUUAGGAGCUUUAUGUCUUCUGUACUCACUGUAAUGCUGGUGUGCAAACACAUGGAGGCCUCUAGAAACCACAGAUGUAGAUGCACCCAGUCCACUGAGUGUUAAAAGACUGGAUAUCAUGCAGACCUCGUGGCGUUUUCAUACUGGUCUGGUAAAAAACUCUAGGCAAAUGGAUGCUCUUUGGUUUGCAACCUCACCGCGCUUCUGUAUCAUGUCAGAACAAGCAAAUUUGUAACAAAUUGACAGUAUGAGCAAGAAAUCCAAAGUUUACAAGGUUGGGAAGUUUUCAAGGAUACUGAUGAUACUGCAGACUCUUGUUGUUGUAGUGUAAGCACACACAGUGUUUAUCUAAACCCACUGAUGUGCAGAGCGCACCUUUCAGAUUGUGUAAUCUAGCAUGAAGCCAGUUGACAUUUUGUACUUCCUGUCCUUUACAGCAGUGGAACUGUUUUCUGAGAUUAUUUAUUAUUGUAAGUGUGGUUUAAACGUUUUUGACAUUCAAAAGCACAUAUCAUCAAGCUCGUCAGUGGCAGCAUACACAUGUACCAGAAUAGAAGGUAAGCUAACGAACACGGCACUGAUUUGUCCCCAUUGUUACUGUUUUUAAACGUCUCGAUACUGACUGACUUUACUGUCGAUGCACUGGAAUCAACAAGCAAAAAUAUCUCAAGUUCAUGCUGUGAAGACUAAGUUUGUCUUUAGUUAUCAUUACACUUGUGCUUUAAUGAUCUGCUCAGCCGAUAACUAUUCUUAAUGUUCGUACAGUUCAAGCCCAAAGAUGAGAUUUUCUACAACUAUAGAACGAUGGAAAACUGUACAUCACUUUACAGCCACGAAUAAAAGUAUAGCAGCUGUUUAUUUGUGAAUGUGAAACUUUGGGUACUAAGACUUUAAAGGUCCUUACCAGUGUUUCAGCUCCGUUAUGGAAAUGGUGUCAUUUCAAAUGCAUGGCAAGCUCAUUUAUUGUCACUCUGUAUUGAAUCUAAUGUAAUGUGGUGCCUGCGUGGAACAGGAGUAUAAAAAAAUCCAAAGAACUGCAACAAAGCAGCUUUUUUCUUUGCUGGCAUCAUGUGAAGUGCACGUGGAAAUGAUAAUUGGUGCAGUCUGGGUUUUCACAUCAUUGUGAAAACCCAGACUUCACAGAAGAUGCACAUCUUUCUAGAUACUAAUACAGGAUUUCUGCAUUCAAAAUGAAUGGAUGCAAUAAAUCCGUCUCUGGCCAGUGGUCUGUGUUUCUGUCCCAGGAAAGAAAACAAUUGUUGUUGUGUCCUUCAAUGUAAUUAUGUGUAUAAAUUACAUAUUAAAAGAGGAGGUAUUCACCUGCUCAACUAUA